AUGUUUCGCUAUUUGUUUCCGCUAUUACUAUCAUCAGAAACUUUAGCUUUACAGCCUCGCGACUUUCGUAUUCCAUCCAUUGAUUUCUUGCAACUUUCAAGUACCAUCAAUAAUGCACACAACUUUGAUCUACUCGACAGAUUUCAAGAGAAUGGAAUUAUUGCACUGCAAAAUGUACCAGGUUUUGCGAGUCUACGACAUGAGUACCUUCGUACAGCAGCAACUUGUGCGGUACAAGCUCAAGAGAAAGGUGCUGACUUUCUUUUGCAUCGACAAUUACGAGAUCGUACCAACCGGUACACUGUGAGUCUUGAUUCUGGUCGUCAAUUGACACAGUCAUUCAAUCAGAGUCCUGAACUUUUAGCACUCUGUCCGGAAUUUGUGGAACUUCAUGCAGCUUUGAGUAAAGUUGUGGAAUUAGCUGUCACAAAUGUUGGUUCGGCUCUUGAUGCGACACAAACGUUUAAAAUUCAGGCCGAACAAGGAGCUGUAGUUAUGACAGCUCGAAAGUUGCUCGAAGAUUCGGUACAUUUGGACCAUUUUCAUGCUUAUGAAGCUCCUCAAAGCAUGAAAAAGAUUGAAGAUGAUUUAUUACUUGAUCUCAAUGAUUUGUCGUUAGAGCUGCAUACUGACAAUGGAGUGAUGAUUGCUAUGACUGCACCGGAAUAUUUUCAAGUCUCAAGUACUGGUAUAGUAGAACUCAAAAAUACUUCCAAGGAAGAUUCGGGUUUGUUCAUUCAGACAGGAAAUGGGGAGAUUGUUCGUCCUGUAUUGUAUCCAGAUGAACUUAUUCUAAUGUUGGGAUCGGGAAUUGAACAUUGGAUCAAAACGUCACCACCACUUCACUCGGUCUUACACGGUAUGCGCUAUCCUCGCUCUGUUUCUUUAUCGGAAGGAGAUCAUAGUACCAAGAUUUUACGCUCAUGGUUUGGUAAAAUGAUUUUGCUUGAUUCGGAUCAACAAAUGGAUAAUUCCGGCCUUACUUUUCGACAGUAUGCAAACCAGACAACACGAUAUUUAUUACAACAAGGAACAGAAGAGUCCGAACUCUUUAGUACCGUUGCGUGUCCUGGUCAUCGUCGAUUAGUUGCGUCAGCAAAUAGCUGCGCACCAAAAGUCUGUUCACUUAAAAGUACAGCAUCAUCAAGUGAUCUCGAAUCUUCGUGUCAAAUUACGUGCAAUCACGCUGCACCAAAGGAUGUUGCUUUAUGUGAUCAAUUCUGUGAUUGUCAAGCUUCAACAAGUACUGGAACAACGUGUUGGAUGUUGUGUGUUGAAAACAUUGCAACGGAUGUUUGUCCAGGAGAACAAAAAUGCAAUUCUGGACCAAAGAAAGAAGAUUUGGCAAUGACAUGUGUUGGUGGUACCACUCCUCCUUCUACCACUCCUCCAUCUACUCCUGUAGCUUCUACGACAACUCCCAGCAGUGUACCAAGCUCAGAAACGAUACCAUCUACAACAUCUCAAGAACCUUCGAGCUCUGAGACAAAUCCUUCACCAGAAGCUGCUCCUGUAGAUGUCACUGAGACCGAUACAACUGAAAUGGAAACUGGUUCGACUGCUGAAUCAGAACUUUCUGAUCUGAAAACUACGGAAACAGGUACUUCUGAGUCAGAAUUUUCAGAUUUGAAAGCAACUGAAACAGAAUCUUCAGAUUUAAAACUUGACUUAGGAUCGACUGAUUUAGACCCCGAGUCAAUUGAAUCAGACACACCUGAAUCAGCUACUUCUGAACCAGUAGCAUCCAAUUCUUCGACAACAAUGGACUCUAAUAUUGUGUCGUCUGCUUCGAAUGCAGGUCCAACUACCUCGCCUACAACCGUUGGUGACGACUUUUCAACGGAAGAAUCUUCAACUGCCGAUCAGACUUCCGACUCUUCGUCGACAGUACCAUCUUCAUCGGCUUCAGACUCGUCAAGUGCGAGUAUUAUCCUGUCUUCAAACUCUUUUUACGUUGUUGCUGCGGUGGCAACGUAUAUUUGCAUCCAUUAUGGAUGA